AUGUAUGAUAUAUGCAAUUGUCAAUUAGCAAAUAGAACAUGUGCCGAUGAUUUUAUUGUUAGUCCAAAUUUAAUAUCAAAAUAUAUUUCACAAUUAUCUGAGAAUAAAAAUAUAAAAAAAGUUUAUGAUGUUUUACUAACAGCUGAUGGUCCUGAGAUUUAUUUUUGCUUAGCAUCGAUGUUCGUUCCACUAGAAACACCGAUUAGUUAUUAUCAAAUUUUACAAGAAACAUUAAAAUAUCAAUGUUUAGCAAUUGGUUAUAGAUUAAUGAAAUAUUUACAUGAUGAAACAAGAUUUUUUGGAAUUGUUUUAAAGCCAGACAGGCACCCAGGUUGA